AGCAAUCCACCCCUUCCAAAUAAAGAAUAACUAAAGUUAGAUUAUAAAAUUUGUUGAAUGUGGUACAAUACAGGAUAAGAUCUAUAAUAAUAGUAUGGACUCAUGUGUCGGUGGGAACUUCUUGUUGUUGGAGAAUCAGUACUAGAGAGUGUGUGGUGACUGGUGACUGAGACUGCUCAAACCCCAUGGCAACAGCCUCCUCUGCUUCACUGCCACUGCCUCUGCUUUUGUUUGCCAGAGUCUCAGCUCUUUUUGUUGCCCUCCUUGUUCUGUUUUGGGCUCUUGCUUUUAAGUCUAGCUUCAUCUCUCAUCACUCAUCCCAGGAAGAUAUAGUCUAUGCUGUUCUUCAUCCUCUAUUUAUGGUGAUCGGUUUCAUCCUCAUCAGUGGAGAAGCUAUUCUUGUUCAUAGAUGGUUGCCUGGUUCAAGAAAUUUGAAGAAAUCAGUGCAUCUAUCCAUGCAAGGUCUGGCUUUGGCUUCUGGGGUUUUUGGGAUUUGGACAAAUUUCCAUGGGCAAGAUGGGAUUGUGGCUAAUUUCUGGAGCUUGCAUUCAUGGAUGGGUCUGAUCUGUAUGCUCUUGUUUGGUGCUCAGUGGUUGAUAGGUUUCCUGAGCUUUUGGCACAGAGGGGAGAUGCGCACAACCCGGGUAAGCGUCUUGCCUUGGCAUGUCUUCCUUGGUCUAUACACCUAUGGCCUGGCGGUGGCCACAGCUGAAACAGGACUUUUGGAGAAGUUAACGUUCCUUCAAACAAACAGAAAUGUGUCGAAACAUUGUACAGAGUCGAUGGUUGUAAAUGGCGUGGGAGUGGGACUGGCCCUGCUCAGCGGAAUUGUGAUACUGGCUGCUGUUUGCCCCAAGUACCAAACUCUACCAAGUAAACUCAUGUAUUCAGACACCAAGUGCUUGUCUUCUUAAUCCAAUUGUCACUCCCUUCCCAAAUUUAUUGCAUUGUUGGUUGAUCUA